UGCCUUCUCAUCUUUUUUCCAGCGGAAAUGAACCUAUGGACCCAUAUACCAAACUUUGCUGCAAAGGUUUUUGCAUUGACAUCCUAAAGAAACUAGCCAAGACUGUGAAGUUCUCCUAUGAUCUCUACCUGGUGACAAAUGGAAAACAUGGUAAAAUAGUGGAUGGUUUAUGGAAUGGCAUGAUUGGUGAGGUAUAUUACCAGCGAGCAGAUAUGGCCAUCGGGUCUCUCACCAUUAAUGAGGAACGCUCCCAAAUUAUUGAUUUUUCUGUACCUUUUGUGGAGACGGGCAUUAGUGUCAUGGUAGCCAGAAGCAAUGGGACUGUCUCACCCUCUGCCUUUCUAGAGCCUUACAGCCCAGCUGUGUGGGUGAUGAUGUUUGUGAUGUGUCUCACGGUUGUUGCUAUCACAGUCUUCAUAUUUGAAUAUUUCAGUCCUGUUGGCUACAACCAGAAUUUAACCAGUGGCAAAAAGUCUGGUGGGCCAUCCUUCACUAUCGGCAAGUCGAUCUGGCUACUGUGGGCUCUGGUUUUCAACAAUUCGGUUCCCAUUGAAAAUCCCAAAGGCACUACCAGUAAAAUUAUGGUCCUCAUCUGGGCCUUCUUUGCUGUCAUCUUCUUAGCCAGCUACACUGCAAACUUGGCAGCAUUCAUGAUCCAGGAGCAAUAUAUUGAUACCGUCUCCGGGCUGAGUGAUAAGAAGUUCCAAAAACCUCAAGAGCAGUAUCCUCCAUUCCGAUUUGGAACCGUUCCCAAUGGUAGUACAGAGAGAAAUAUCCGGAGCAAUUACCAUGACAUGCAUUCCCACAUGGUAAAAUACAACCAGCGCUCAGUGGAAGACGCCCUCGUCAGCCUCAAAAUGGGAAAGCUGGAUGCUUUUAUCUAUGAUGCUGCAGUGCUCAAUUACAUGGCUGGCAAGGAUGAGGGUUGCAAGCUGGUAACCAUUGGCAGUGGGAAAGUCUUUGCCACCACUGGCUAUGGCAUUGCCCUCCAGAAGGACUCAAAGUGGAAGAGAACAAUUGAUUUAGCUCUCCUGCAAUUCCUGGGAGAUGGUGAAACCCAAAAACUGGAGACUGUGUGGUUGUCUGGCAUCUGCCAAAAUGAAAAGAAUGAAGUAAUGAGCAGUAAGCUGGACAUUGAUAACAUGGCGGGGGUCUUUUACAUGCUGCUGGUGGCAAUGGGGCUGAGCCUGCUUGUCUUUGCUUGGGAACACCUGGUGUUUUGGAAGUUGCGGCAUUCCGUGCCCAAGUCCCACAGACUUGAUUUCCUUCUAGCUAUAAGCAGGGGUAUUUACAGCUGUUUUAAUGGAGUCCAGAACCUGGAAAGCCCUGUUCGUGUUUACAAACCAGAUGUCACUGCUAACUCUGCUCAAGCCAAUGUGCUUAAGAUGCUGCAGGCAGCCAAGAAUAUGGUAUCAACAGCCAGUGUUGAGAACUCACUGGAAAAUGCUACACGCACUAUAGAGAAUUGGCCGCAACUAAUGUACCAGCUGAAGCUGGAAAUGGACUCUUCUGCCAUGACUUCCACUGUUAUUGCAGCAGGAGUCUUGAGUGCAGGAGAACUCCAGGUUGCAAAUUUGCUCUCCACAGGGGAGUACAGCUUUGCCUAA